AUGGGUGACCAGGUACUGAGCUAUGACGAGUUAGUAGAACAUAUAGUGAGUAAUCGACCGGUUCCCAAUAUUGUAGAGGUACCCAACUUAGCCCUCGAUGCGUCUUUGAGAACUGAGUCCCAAUUGAAACCCAGGCCGAAACCUUGGGAAAAAACGGCUUCAACAGAGUCAGAGCCCGCUGAGAUUGAUCAGGACACUUCGAAAGAUGAAACGGUGACUUUUCCGGUCGCUGAGGCCACAGUUUUUGCCCGUAAUGAGAGUUUUGACAGUUUAUCGAAAUAUUACGCUAUAGAAUCGGAAUUUGAAAAACACUUGGAACAGUUUUUCGAUAAUGGGAAUGGGGACCCUCACGAAUCGGGUUAG